AAAUUGUGUUAACAUUGGAAAUGACCUCUUCUUAACAGAAAUACAUUACUGCAGUUCAGUACAAGAAAAAAGGACAGAAAAUAUUCUGAAAAUAAAAUCGGACGAAAGCGAUAAAGUAUUCGACUUUAGCUUAGAACGCGGGAAAAACAAGUUUCGUACAAAUGCCAGUUUGGUUAAUGUUGAGACCAAGUUCACUAUUAUAAAUCAUGUCAAGUUGUAGAAAGAAGAGGAGGAGGUCAAGUUUGGCUUCAUCAAGAAUAAGAGUAUCUCUCUCACCAGGACUAGGCUUGCAUAGACAGGUUGAGCAAAGCUUAUCACCGGAAGAGAGAUUGCAGGAGUUAUCUUCUCUUUGUUUAAAGUUUGCAGUGGAUAAAGCAUGUAAAGAGGCGGAGUCACUGGAGGUCAGAGAUCAUCUUGAAAAUGUAAAAGAAGAAAUAUUGAAAGUUGUUGAUAGCAAAGAACACAAGGAAGCAGUUCAUUUUGCAUGUCAUCAACCAGAUAAAUUAUUACCAAACCCUGCCAAUGUAGAUAUGGAUGAAACCAUUGAGAUGAUGGAAAGAAGAAUAAAUAGCCUUCACAAAGAAGAGCAAGACUGGCAUGAAUAUUUUGCAGAGCUUGACAGACAGACACAGGAAGCUGAAAGUAAAACACAGAACCUGACGUUGUUGCCGUCAGAUUUAUCUGAGGAGCAGAAGUUGUUAGCAAAAGGAUACCUUCCAGACCUUGCUGACCUCAGUCUCGUCAAACAACAGACAGAUACAGCUGUUAAUAAAAUAUUUAUGCUGGUUUGUGAACACGAGAAAAAUCUUCAUACUCAGCAACAGUUACUGAUGAAAGUCAAUAAACAGCUAGAUGUGGCUUUGAAAAAAUUACAUGAGAAAACAUUUCCAAAUAUGGGCAGUCCAAGAGCUACUGUUCAACAUCUCUCUGAGUUCCCUACUCCACCUGCUGAACCGUUAGGAUAAAAGUGAGGAAGAAUGGGAUAUUUCUCAGCUAUAGAUCUGACAACAAAAUACUAGACUUUCAGACAGAUAUCUGCACUAGAAUAUCAUUGUUUUUUAAGUGAGGAUGGAAUGAUGUAUUUCUCUUUCAAGAUCAGUGGAAGUUAAAAAAAACUGCACACUUUCUGACAGAUGAAAACUGCAUGAAUAAAGUGAUUAUUGGAUACACAAGUGGUAAGAGUAUUGACUGUGUUACCUAGUCCUUCAGCUUAAGAUAUUGUGAAAUGGACUCUGUUCCAUUGCAGAAAAUUUGUGGCUUCCGAUAACAUGUCUUUUUUGAGACAGUGAUAAGAAAAUUUAUAAGUCCUUGGGAAGGUACAUUAUUGUAUGUUAAAUUUUCUUAAAUUUAUGACAUUGUAACAAUAUCUGCAGAGUAACAGCUUAAGAUAUUGUGAAAUGGGCUCUAUUUCAUUGCAGAAAAUUUGUGGCUUCCGAUAACAUGUCUAUUUUGAGACAGUGAUAAGAAAAUUUAUGUCCUUGGGAAGGUACAUUAACGUAUGUUAAAUUUUCUUAAAUGACAUUGUAACAAUAUCUGCAGAGUAAAAUAAUUGCAUAACUUUUUUUUGGAGGGCACAAAUACGGUUGCCAGUAGGAGCCUUGUAAAUAACAAAAGAACACACAGUAAAUGAGUUAUGUCGGUAGUAAGAGACGAGGGAACGUUUCACUGACAAUCUUGAUCUGGUCAGAGAAUUUUAUUUUUCCUCUUGUCAAAACCUUCAAAACUGGAUUGUCUACAUUCUUUGACUGGAAUAAAGGAAUGUGAGCAGUAACGCGCUUGUGUUAUGUCUUGAUUAACUGUAUUGGUGUGAUUACAACAAAUCAGAUUUGCAUAUUAGACUUUAUUAUUAUACAAAGUAAACAAUGAAAAACA